CCGCUCCGCCCCCUGGAAAAUGGCGGGCGCACGGAAACGGCCCUUCGGGUCGGGGGCCAGAGCGCGCAGGCGCUGCGCCCCGCGGCGGCUCUUCCGUCGCUCCCGGGUGGCUUCACUGCUCCUUGUUUCGGUUUUCGUGCUGCGCGGGGCUCGGGACCUUUCCGGGGUCUGAGCUUGCAGCGGUUCUAACGGCCCUACCGGCGCUGAGGAGAGAGAGAGAUUUCAGUGGAACAGUAGAUUGAAUGAAUGCUUGUCUUCAUGUUUGGGUGAUGGAUAAAUUCCAAGAGCAGACAAUCAACUCUUUCCUGGUCUGAGUAAUUUAAACAUAAAGACAUAUUUAUGUAGGAAAUCGAAAGUAGCAUAGCAAAAGUACUCAUGGGUAAGAGAAAGGAAGAAAGUAUUUCAAAGCCCAGAUCCCAUAAAAGGCAGAGACAAGAAUACACAGAUGAACAUAGUGAUGAGUCUAAUGAAGAAGAAAAUUCACAGUUAUCAGCUGAUAGUAAUUUCUCUUCACUGUCCACUGUAGGGGAAGUUGGGAUAAUUGAAAGUAUCCAGUUGAAGAACUUCAUGUGCCAUUCGAUGUUGGGGCCUUUUCAGUUUGGAUCAAAUCUCAAUUUUGUUGUUGGAAACAAUGGAAGUGGAAAAAGUUCUGUAUUAACUGCUCUUAUUGUUGGACUUGGUGGAAAAGCCACUGCAACUAAUAGAGGUUCCUCAUUAAAAAUGUUUGUACGAGAUGGAGAGACUUCUGCAGAUAUUUCCAUAACAUUGCGAAACCAAGGUAGAGAUGCAUUUAAACCAGAAGUGUAUGGUGGCUCUAUUAUUGUGAAUCAGCACAUUAAUCUGGAUGGAAGCAGAAGUUACAAACUGAAAAGCAAAUCUGGAACCUUAAUUUCUUCAAAGAAAGAGGAACUCAUAGGAAUACUGGAUCACUUUAAUAUACAGGUAGAUAAUCCUGUGUCUGUUUUAACCCAAGAGAUGAGUAAGCACUUUUUACAGUCUAAAAAUGAAGGUGACAAGUACAAGUUUUUUAUGAAGGCAACUCAGCUGGAACAAAUGAAAGAAGAUUAUUCAUCUAUUAUGAAAACUAAAGAAAAUACAUGUGUUCAGAUAGAACAGGGAGUAGAGCGUCUUCAAGAACUUAAGCAGCUUUAUUAUGAAAAAAAAGAACGUUACAAAAGCAUUGGGUUUGUGAAUGACAUGCGAAAUCAUCUCGAAGAUUUGAAACAUAAAAUGGCGUGGGCAGUGGUGGGUGAAAUGGAAAAAGAAAUACAGCCAAUCAAAGAAGGCAUCAGAGCUGAAGAAAGAAAUACAGAGAAGUUUGUUCAGAAGGUAGAAGAAUGCCAGGUAAAAGUAAAUGAAGCAGAAGAAAAGUACAAAGCAAUACAAGACAGGUUAAUAACAAUAAGUGAAGAAGCACAAGCCCUGCAUCCUCAGUGUAUUUCUUUAAAGGCUGAUGUGCAGGCAAGAAGAAAAGCAGUCAAUGAAGCUGAGGUACUUUAUAAUCGUUUCAAAACUGAGUUAAAACGUCUAGGAAAAGACGAUGAACAGCUACGUAAACGAAUUGAAGAACUGAAAAGCAGUGCUAAUCAGAUUUCAGAGCCUGAAAAAUUGGAAAGACAAAGAAAAAUCUCACACUUAAGGGAACAGUUAAAGGCAUUCCAUGAUGAAGAAAUAAUGAUUGGUCAACAGGUGGAUCAAUUUCAGCAGGCUAUAUAUAAGUGUAAGGAAGAACAUGCUAGACUUAGGAGAGAAGACACUGAUACAAAACAAGCACUGGAUGCCAAGCAGAAACAGCUGAGAGAGCUGAAAGAUAGUAAAACAAAUACCUUAAAAAGAUUUGGAACACAUAUUCCAACAUUUCUUGAGGCAGUUGAAACAGCCUAUAGGCAAGGGCACUUUAAACACAAGCCUGUCGGACCUUUAGGUGCUUUCAUUCAUCCAAAAGAUGCUGAACUGACCUUGGCUAUUGAAUCUUGUUUAAAGAGCCUAGUUCAGGCAUUUUGCUGUGAUAAUCACAGUGAUGAAAGAGCUCUUCAGUUACUGAUGUCCAAAUAUUAUCCACAUGGAUUUAGACCUCAAAUAAUUGUAAAUAAAUUUCGGAAUACAGUUCAUGAUGUUAGACACAGAGGAGUUCAUCAUCCAGAAUUCCCAUCAGUUCUUACAGCACUGGAAAUAGAUAAUGCAGUGGUUGCCAAUUGUUUGAUUGAUGUGAGGGCUAUAGAAACUGUCCUGCUGAUUAAAAGUAGCCGUAGAGCUCGUGAAGUAAUGCAGUCUAAUCGUCCCCCAAAAAAUUGUAGAGAAGCUUUCACUGCUGAAGGUGAUCAAGUAUUUGAAAGACGAUAUUACUCUUCUGAUUACGUCAGACCCAAGUUCCUAAGCAAAGAUGUUGAAGCAGAUAUAAGUCACUUGGAGAAGGAAAUUGAAAACAAAAAGGCACAGAUGACAGCAUCUCAGCAACGUUUAUAUUCCAUUGAAAAUGAGAUUAGGCAAAAUGAAGACCAUCUUCAUGGUCAUCGACGACACCAAAAAGAAUUACAGAUAAAAAUAAGAACAACAAAUGCAGAAAUAGCAGAUCUUGAAAAUAUGGAAGAACACCAGUCAGUGGACAUCCGUACAUUAGAAGAUGAAGCCGAAGAAAAUAAGGGUAAGAUGGAAUCUGUAAAAAAAGACGUACAGCAACAAAGCAGAAAAAUGGAAGAACUGAAAAAUAUUCUUCAGGUAGCUGAAAAAAAAUUUGAAGAAAUGAAAGAAAAAAUUCAUCAAGUAGAAGAAAUUGCUGGUCCAAUUAAGGAUGAAUUAAACCAAGCUGACUCAGAAGUGGAAAACAGUAAACGCCGUUUGCAGCACUAUGAAGACAAACAGAAAGAACACUUGGCUUGCAUAAAAAGACACAAAGAAUUACUAGCUACCAAAGAAAAAGAAUUAGAGGAAAGAAUUGCACAAGCUAGGCAAAUCUACCCAGAGCGCAUAGAGGUCAGCAGAACUGUUAAGAGUCUUGAUGCAGAAAUGAAUCGCUUGAGAGAGAGGAUAAAUUCAGAAAAUGAUCGCCAUGGAAACAGAGAAGAAAUAAUACAGCAAUUUCAUGAUGCAAAGGAAAGAUAUGAGGAUGCCAACAGUAAAGUAAAGAACUUGAAGAAAUUUAUUAGGCUGCUGGAAGAAAUAAUGACACAGAGAUUCAAAAUAUAUCGUCAAUUCUUAAGGCUCCUUUCUUUACGAUGCAAACUCUACUUUGACCACUUCUUACGUAUUCGAGCUUGCUCUGGAAAAAUUCUUUUUGAUCACAAGAAUGAGACACUUUCAAUAACAGUUCAGCCUCGAGAGGAAGACAAGGCUUCCCUUAAUGAUGUGAGAUCCUUAUCAGGAGGUGAACGUUCCUUCUCAACAGUUUGUUUCAUUCUUUCUCUGUGGUCCAUUACUGAAUCUCCUUUCAGAUGCUUGGAUGAAUUUGAUGUCUACAUGGACAUGGUUAACAGAAGAAUUGCAAUGGAUAUGAUUCUUAAGGUGGCCGACUCUCAGCAUCAUCGACAGUUCAUUUUACUCACCCCACAAACCAUGAGUUCUCUGCCUACGAGUUCCCAUAUUCGAAUCCUCCGAAUGCAAGAUCCUGAAAGAGGCCAAAGAACAUUGAAUUUCCAAAAGAGGAAUGACAGAGAGGAAGAUCAAUAAGUAUUUCUGUGUAUGAAUAUGGCAUACUAUUGAGGAUAAAUGCAUCAUGAUUUGUGUAAAGUUAUUACUUUCUGAUGCUGGAUAAGAGGAUCUUUUGUUAAAUACUCUUAGGAAAAGAAGAGGUUCCUGGUUUUUUGUUUGUUUCUUUUUUGUGGGUUGUUUUUGUUUUUUGGGGGUUUUUUUUAAAGAAUUACUGUAUGUGUAUGGACCAGGAAUAUGAUGGGAAAAUCCUGAAUGUUCAGUUGAUAUUUUUAACUACCAACUAGUAGAAUUUUUUAUCAGUUCUGUUUUUUCUUCUGGAAAAGAUGAAAUAUAUUUUGUAUAACUAUGGAGUAAUAUUUUAAUAAACAGUGAGAACUGAUACUUGUGGUAAUGUUUUAGUGUUUCUACACACUUAAAAUUAGCAUUAAGUUGAAAAUGUUGGUUUCUUCCUAGCCCUGCUUUAUUUCUUAAAUGUGUGCUGAUUAAUACAUGCAGUAAAACAUAUAUUUCCUUUUUUUCCAGUGGAACCACAGCAGCUGAACAUGAGAAACUAUUAGUACUUCUAGUGUAUACUUUCAUAAUUAGAGAAGUGAAGAAUUUAUUUGCAGUAUAUCCUCUGGGCAGAAAAAAAGUGCUUUUAUUUCUUCCUAAAGAGUUUAAAGGGAAUAGAGUUUCUUUUUAACUCUUUUUUUGAAAGAGUUUCUUUGGAGAUGAGCUUACAAAACCUAGCAAAUUGUGACUCUAUAAACUUAGAUUCUUAAUUCCAAUAAACAGUUCUUGCACAGUCUGAAUUUGCAGGUAUAGACCAAGUCUGCAGAUAUAAAUUAUAACAAACUAAAGUGACAGAAGUUCUUCUAGUAUAGAGGAAUGAAGUGGCAUAAGAAUUUUCAGAAAUAAUACAGUAACUUUUCUUACAGCAUCACAAGCCUGUGUUUUGUUGGGUGGGUGGGGGGUGUCCCUUCCCGUGGGACUAUAGUAGAGCAGUUAAAAUAAAUUUGCUUUGUUUAAAUAAUACAAGCAUUUUUGGGGGAAUAAGAAGGAGAAAGAAGAACCAGAUUUUUCAAACUGCCCCAAAUUAACUUUUUUUGUCUUCUGUUCUCCUUUCUCCAGGAACUUGAAAUUGUUGGGAGCUCUUCAAAAACAAUCACUGUUUAGAGUUCAGCCAUUAGACAUACUUUUUUCUUUUUUUUUCUUUUUCUUUUUUUAACGUUAUGGGGAUACAAAAGCCAUUGAGACUAUUCAAAGAACAGUUCUGCAGUUUCUACAGUUAUUUACCAAACAGCAGUUCCUCAAUAAAACCUCAUUGCAGUGUAAGUUUCAGCUUCACUUUGUAGCCGUAUUUGUUUUUAGCCUCUGCGCAGUAUUUUGUGUUCUUUAAUGUUGUUUACUUUUUACAGAAGCAUGUAUUAAACUUGUAGGUAUCUCUAAAAUAUGGAAGCUAGAGAAGAAUUGAAGGAAAUACCCUGAGAAAGCUGGCUGCAGUUCUAGUGCACUCUAACUGUAGAAGUUAAGUCCAGUGAUCUUUUAAAGGCUUCAGAUGUUUCCUUCUGAAAGCCCAGGGUAAUGGGCCAACAGGCUCAUGGCAGCCCUGAGGAGGUUACUGACAAAACAGGGCCAGGACUUUUGUUGAAAUGCGUGGCAGAAGACAGACAGACAGCAGUCAUAAAUUGAAGUGGGGAGGUUCUGGCUAGAUAAACCGAGGGGAGAGAUUGUUCAUGAUGAAGACAUGAGGCGUUUAAACAUGUUGUCCUGACAGGCUGUAGAAUCUUCAUCCUUGGCUUUCGGGAUCUGAAUAGACUGCCGCACCUCCUUCAAGCAGGGAGUUGGACAAGAGACCUCUGGAGGUCCCUACCAAACUAAACAAUUCCAUAAUCCUAUGAUAUGAUUUGAUGGAAUAUAUAUUAAAGAUACUUGUUUAGGAUUAUAUGAAAAUACUGGGGUGGGGAAGCCAUACAAAGUGAAUACUUGGAAAAACUUGUCUGGAACACAAGCCCAGUUUGUCCUGGGAGUCCUCAAUACUAUCAGAUGAUCAUGAACCACAUGUUCAGUUUGACUCAAUUUUACUAUGAAACUAGAAUAUGUUUCAGACCCUUCUACAAUAUGAAGUGAUAGAAUGGCAUAGCAUUAUUUCCUCCUGAUUUUCUUCAGCAUCAAAAAAAUAAAGCAAGAGUGUAGAGGCAGGAGAGAGAAAAGCAUUUAUCUUCAUUAGUACUUUUAUAAUGAGUUGUGUAGAGAAAAGAACUUAAGGAAAAUUACCACGUUCGUACUGAGCUAACACUUCAGCUUUCUUCUAAGUUUUCUGUAGGCUUACUUGAAAUGUUGGAGCAGUUGGCAACAAUUCUCAUCUCUGGUUCAAAUCAAUAUAUUGUAUUUAUUCUAAUCUACCACUGUACUUGAUGAAAAUGUGUGCCUGACUGUAUUAUAAGCAAUUGUUUUCAUGGUAUAGGAUUAUUUCUGAAUAAACAAUUACUGAAG